AAACGAAAAACGAGAAAACGACUGUCCACUUACGUUUUACCGUUUUGGAUUUAAAACGAAAAACGAGAAACGAGUGUUUUCGUUUUAUGUAAAAUAGACUAUCAAAAGGCACACGGAUCCUUUUACCGUAGCGCCCAGAAUAGAGGUGCAUUUUAUUUUGAAAUGCGGUCCACACGACCGCAGUCCCAUACGCCUACUUUAAUGUCGGUGAAAGAUGCAGAACUGUUGCAGCCCGUCAUUGGUGGAGUGGCUGCCGACGUCACGGUGUUUGGAGAAGACUCCCGCAAUGUCCGCGUGUGGAGGAGACGCUGGGAGUGAGUCCUCUCCUCGGAACACAGCAGAAAACUGCCUUCAGUGACUUUCGCUCACGGGCUUACAGGAGGACAGCGCUGUUAUUUCGUCAUUCGGAACUACUGGAGCAAAUGAGGAAUCCAUGAGCCAAGACAGAUCUUGGUUCUCAUAGAAAUAAGGUGCAGUUCUGACUGAUAUGGCCAUGUCACUGUUCCAUCACAGAACAGUUAUAUUGGCUAUGGCUUACUGUUUCCUGCCUUGCAUCACUUCCUCCCUCAACCUGGAGGAUCCCAAUGUCUGCAGCCACUGGGAGAGUUACUCGGUGACAGUGCAGGAGUCAUACGCCCAUCCCUUUGAUCAGAUUUAUUACGCCAGCUGCACGGACAUCCUCAACUGGUUUAAGUGCACCAGACAGAGGGUGAGCUAUCGGACAGCCUACCGAAGGGGAGAGAAGACCAUGUACCGGAGAAGGUCCCAGUGCUGUCCAGGCUUCUACGAGAAUGGAGAGAUCUGUGCUCCUCAUUGUGCGACAAGCUGUGUCCAUGGCCGUUGUAUGGCCCCCAACACCUGCCAGUGUGAUCCCGGGUGGGGGGGCUCCAACUGCUCCAGUGUUUGUGACAGUAACCACUGGGGUCCUCACUGCAGUAGCAGAUGUCAGUGCCAGAAUGGUGCACUGUGUAAUCCCAUCACUGGAGCCUGUAUCUGCACUCCUGGGUACCGAGGUUGGCGCUGCGAGGCACAGUGUGAAGUGGGCACCUACGGAAAUGGGUGCCAGCAGAAGUGCCAGUGCCAGAACGGAGCUAGCUGUCACCAUCUUACUGGAGAAUGCAAUUGCUCAUCAGGAUACAAUGGAGCUUUGUGUCAGGACCAUUGUCCAGUUGGCACCUACGGUGCCGGCUGUGCAAAGAAGUGUCGCUGUGAGAACUAUAGCAAAUGCUACUACACCAACGGGCAGUGUCUGUGUGAACCAGGAUACACAGGGGAGACAUGCAACGCCCGACUGUGUCCUGAAGGACACUAUGGCCUCCGGUGUGAUAGGAAGUGUCUGUGUUACGCCCAGAACACACGCAGCUGUCACCCAAUGUCAGGAGAGUGCUCAUGUCAGCCUGGUUGGUCAGGUCUGUACUGCAACGAAAUGUGCACCGCAGGAUUUUAUGGAGAGUCCUGUCAGCAGGUGUGCCAGUGCCAGAACGGUGCCGACUGCAACAGUGUGACCGGAGCGUGCAUUUGUACUCCAGGCUUCACGGGUCCCAACUGUUCAGUCCCCUGCCCAACAGGAACACAUGGAGUGGACUGCUUCUCCCACUGCAACUGUAAGAACAAAGCUCAGUGUUCCCCUGUCGACGGAUCCUGCUCCUGUAAACAAGGGUGGCAUGGAGUGGACUGCUCCAUCAACUGCCCCAGUGGUACCUGGGGUGUGGGCUGUAACCUAACCUGUAUGUGUGGGAAAGGAGGAUCAUGCAAUGCCCUGAAUGGUCAGUGUACCUGUGCUCCAGGCUGGAGGGGAGAGAGGUGUGAGCUUCGCUGCCAGGAUGGCACAUACGGUUUGGACUGCAAGGCGCGAUGUCACUGCAGUAAUGCCGAUGGAUGUCACCACUCUACUGGUCACUGCCGCUGUCUGGCCGGCUGGACUGGUAUCCACUGUGACAGUGUGUGCACUCAGGGUCGCUGGGGCCCAAACUGCUCCCUACCCUGUAACUGCAAGAAUGGAGCAUUCUGUUCUCCAGACGAAGGGACCUGUGCGUGUGCUCCAGGAUACAGAGGCACCACCUGUCAAAGGAUCUGCUCUCCAGGUUACUUUGGUCACCGCUGCAGUCAGACCUGUCCACAGUGUGCCCACAGCAACGGACCAUGUCAUCAUGUCUCAGGACAGUGUGACUGCUUGCCAGGGUUCAAAGGAGCGCUGUGCAACGAGGUGUGUCCAAGUGGUCAAUUUGGGAAGAACUGUGCUUGGAGCUGCAGCUGCACCAACAACGGCACCUGUAGCCCCAUCGAUGGCUCCUGUCAGUGUUAUCCAGGGUGGAUCGGCAGCGACUGCUCCCAGCCCUGUCCUCCUGUUCAGUGGGGACCCAACUGCAUCCACACAUGCAACUGCCACAACGGAGCCUACUGCAGCGCUUAUGAUGGAGAAUGCAAGUGCACCCCAGGAUGGACCGGUCUCUACUGCACACAACGUUGUCCAUUAGGUUUCUACGGGAAAGACUGUUCUCUGACCUGCCAGUGUAGAAAUGGGGCCAACUGUGAUCACAUCUCUGGACAGUGCACCUGUCGCACCGGCUUCAUGGGAAGAGACUGCGAACAAAGGUGUCCUCCCGGUUCGUAUGGUUAUGGCUGCCGUCAAGUGUGUGACUGUCUAAAUAACUCCACAUGUGAUCACAUGACUGGUACAUGUUAUUGCAACCCAGGCUGGAAGGGAGCUCGCUGUGACCAAGCUGGUGUAGUGGUGGACAGCCUCAACAGUUUGACCAGCGCAGCUUUGCAUGUGAAAACCUACCGGAUCGGAGCCAUCGCAGGAGUCAUUGUUCUGGUGCUACUGCUGUUUUUCCUCUUCCUUCUUUUCAUUAUCUACAGGAAGAAACAAAAGGGCAAAGAGCCUUCAAUGGCAGCUGUGACCUACACUUCUGCAUUGACGGUCACAGCCGAUUACACCAUUGCAGAUGCUCACCCACCAGAAAGUGAGUCCCACCCAAGCAACUACUUUUCCAACCCCAGCUACCAUACUCUGACCCAGUGCAUCAGCUCUCCACAUGUUAACAAUGGUCUUAAUGGAAAGGCCAAGAGCAACCAGCUUUUUGUGAACUUGAAGCACAUAGAUCAGAGAAACAGGGCUCCUCUCGCCGAGUACAACAGCACACAUCCUAGAGACUGGAAACAAGAAAACUGCGUCCAUGAACUGGGUGAGACAUUCACUACAAUAAAAUAUCUGAAGGGCACACUCUAUCAUGCAAGCUCCUGCUCCCUCAACAGCUCUGAAAACCCAUAUGCAACAAUAACGGACCCUCCCCAGCUUACAGCCAAAAACUUGGAGUGUGGCUACGUGGAAAUGAAGUCGGCGGUCAGACAGGAUUCCCCAUACGCUGAGAUCAGCAACAGCAGCCCCACAACUAACCACAAUAUCUAUGAAGCUGAGCCAGUAAGUAACAUCCAGCUAACAGAAGACAGCAAUGGUGACAUGCAGUUCGGUAAAGAUCUGUACGAUCUUCCAAAAAACAGUCACAUUCCCUGCCACUACGACCUCCUGCCGGCCAGAGAAAGUCCUCUCCAAGAGAACAAAGAGCCGGACACUGAAUGAUACCACAGAGACUCAGUACAGAGACCAGGUCUUACCUCCAGUUUGCAGUUGCUGCACUGACUGUUUUGUACCUACAACACGCUUGUUUCCUUUCAACUCUGCUUUACGCUACUUUUAUUGUAACUACGUAUCAUGGCUUCUUUCAGAGGAAAUUGGUUAGUUUUUAGGUAAAGCUGUCAUUAUUUACAGAAAUGUGUAUACUAAAGCAUGAAACAUGACAGGUACAGUCUAAAUAUACUCCAUCAAAAAGUGACCUUCAUAUACUUCUGCACGGCUUAAUUUUCCAGCUUCAAAAUGGGCCAGAAGAUUGUCAGAUGCAGCCCUAACAAAAGGUCGCUUCAGACCUUGUUAAAUAAGUACUUUUUUUUCCCAAGUAUACUGAGGAAUUUAUCAUGUUUGCGUAUACCAUUCAAUACUAAUCAAAUCUUUAUUUUUUUAAAUAGCAGUAGAUAAUGGAUAAUGUGAUUGAAUAUUGAUUGUAAUUAAAUCAAAGAUUAGAUAGGUGUUUUUUUUUUCAGGACAAUGUUUUUCUAAUGAAUAAUUCAAGAAUACAGUGCUAUUGUUGAAAUAUUGAUAGUACCAGAAUCCACUUAAACAUAAUUUGCACAUAAUUUGAUUGGUUUGGGAUUGACUAGACCUCACCUGGAGGUAGUCCAACUCACACUGUGAUCAAAUCUCAGCCAGGUGUAAUUUACAUACUGUAUAUCCGAGUUCCAUGCUGAAAGAAAACUAACAAACAAGCUUUAGGAGAUUUUAGGGGGGGACAUCAUAACGAGCAAUGUGUAAAUCAUGUGACCACAGCAUCAGUAAUGAUAGCCUUGUGUAAAAGCCCGCUGUACCCUUUAUCUGAAUUGUCAACAGUCCCAUGACCCUUUCCCUGCAUGCAGCUGACAGGUAUAGAGUAUUUCUCGUGAUUGUUGACAGCCUACCUAAUUUGGAUUUCAACAUCCCAUCACAAUGUUGGCUGAGUCAAAAUAACAACAACAUUCAUCUCCCAAUUUUCAAGCACUAUAUUUGCAAAGAGUGUACAUUUUCUGAAAAUACAUGCUUUGAAUUGGUAUUUGUCAAUUGUGUAUACGUGCUCUGGCACUCAAUGGUAUGAUUACAUGUACCACUCAUACUGUAAAAAUACAUUUUCCUAGGUUCUGUUUUUCAUCCCAUUUAAUUUCAUAAUUAUGAAAAGUAUGUAGUAUGUUUUGCUUGUUUCUGCAUUGUGUUGAUGUGCUGAAGAAUUGUAUAUCAUGCAUGAAAAGAUAUUACCUAGCCACUAGGUGGUAUUAGAUGGCAGCAAAUAUAGGACUAUAACUAAUGAGCUGAACAGGCUAGCAUUGUUCAGGAGGCACUUGAAGCCCUGUUCCCAGGCUUUGUACAGACUAAACUGAACUGUUAAGAACCAUGUCAGCUUUGGUACACGUACAAGUCUCUUCUUGUAUACCCACCAUUUCUAGCAAACGUGGACAUUUUAGAUCUAUGCUUCUGAAUUUGAAUGAAUGUGGGACAGACAAUGAACAAUUGAGAGCUCGAAUAUUGACUUUGUCACAUUGCAGUACUUUUUGGUGUGGUCAUGUACACAUUUGAUCCUGUUUAAAUAUUUAAAUUAGGUUUUUUCCCUGCAGUGUUUGGCUGUAUGUCCGGACAUAAUUGUGGUUUCUAACUGUUUAUUCUUGUUCCUUCUAAAUGUCCACUUUUUGCCAAAUACUAUUGAGGGCCUGUGCCUUUUGAUUUAUUACUUUUUUGGGGAUGUCCAACUCUCCAAUACAGGAGCAAAAUGAGGACGACAACCUACUUGAUAACCCCUGGAAGUUCCAGAAUCUUUAGGGGCAUCAUUAAGGGCAUUUAGUGACCUGUCAUGAGCAGUAGCCACAUUUAAUUAAAAAAAAAAAAAAAAAAAAAAAAAACUUUUUGCAAUGGAAAAUAGACAUCAUAAUAUACAGCGGCCUGUGUCCCUCAACUCAUUCACUAAUGGGGUUCUGGAUGGUUUCUCCAAAAGUACGUCUGCAGACUUUUUAAUGUUAAUUAUUGAUUGUCCUGCUCCAUAUAGAUGCAGAGGUAAAAGGAUAGUUAGUUUGGUUGUGUGUGUUGCUUGAUUAAAUAUAAUAGACUAUCUUGUUUCUUUUAAAUGGUUUGCAGUGGAUCCUUAAAAUGUUAUAGAUUUUCAGAAUUGAAGGUCAUACAUACAAAAUCACAUUUUAAAGUAUUAUAGAUCUUAUAUUUUGCAUCGGAAAUAUGUUUCAUGGUAAUACUUCAGUAGAUGUCUUCAUACCACCAAAUAAAAACCUGUUAACUGAACAAUAUAAGGCAAAACACCUGGCUCAACUAGCAUUAUCAAUUUAAAGGGCUUAACUUUUAAUGAAAUUAUCUCAUGAAAUGCAAGCUUAACUGCACUUUGGCUUUUUUAAUGGAUUGUUGCCACAGGACCACAUUAUUAAUCUCUAAUGUGUAUUAGAGAUUAAUAAUGUCAAGAAAUGUUUAUUUAAUGUUUUUUUCUUUCAUUGUCAUUAUCAUUGUUUAUAUAUUGUAUUUAGUUUUUUUGUAAAUGUUUAUGUCACCCAUCAUUGUAUGUCCUAUAUUAAAACCAGAACAAAGGCU